CCGCAUUUGGCCAAUCGUUAAAACCAUAUCUAUAUUUAAGCCAACUAAACGGAUAGAAUCGCCAUCAUGCCAGCCUUUUCGAAAUUCUCCAUCCUUUUGCCGGUCUUCCUGUCCAUCGCUGCCGUGAUCCUCACAGGUCUCGCCCUCUUCUCCGGAAGGCAGCAAGGGUUUCUAGAAGACUAUGCUAUUGCCAGGCUCAACACGUCCAUGAUAGGGCAUGAUGUCUUCGCCAAGGGUGCGCAAGACAAGGACAAGGACAAAGACAAGGGAAAGGGGGACGUUUUUGAUAUUCUACGAGGCAAAUGGCAAGAUCUCAAGGACGAUACUAGAGAUAAGGUCAACCAGAUCACUGCCAAUAUUGCUGAUGACAUUGCCGAUAAGAUCGGUGUUGCUGACUGGUAUUCGCUACAUGUCAUGAAUUCUUGUCAUGGACAGUACUCACCAAAGGCGACUGACAUUGGAGCCAGUCUCAAUGUUACUAAUUGCACAGACCCAUCACCAAAAUACCGCUUCAAUCUCACCCAAAUGUUGGAUCAUCAAAUCAAGGCAGGUCCAUUGCACAUCAACCUAGCCGAUCUAGAUUGGCCUGACUCCAUACAAGAAAAGCUCGACAUUCUCAAUGACGCACUGCUAGCACUGUUUUCACUUUAUGCUAUUGGCUUCGGAGUGUGUGCCUUGACCUUCCUCUGCAGCCUCUUCACGUUGACGUCUCCGGAGAGUCGCGGUCUGGUACUUCUUAAUCUAGCCCUUGCCAUCGUGGCAGCUAUUGCAACCACUGCUGGUAGUAUUGUGAUUACUAUUGCCACCAUCAAAGGAGUGGACGAACUGAAUGCUAUCGGACAUCGAGCUGGCAUUGUUGCUGAAAAGGGAACAAAGUUCCUCAUCAUUACUUGGGUUGCAUCGGGAUGCAUGAUUCUUGCGUCUAGCUACUGGCUAAGCCACGCAACAAUUCUUAAGCGCCGCCAGAGAUGGCAGCGACCAAAGCAGGUAACAGUGUAG